UGAAUUUCGCGGCACGCAGUUUGGCGCUAAAAAAAAAAGAAGAAAAAAAACAGGCAGAGAAAGGCUCGGGGACCAGAGAGCGAGGCGAGAGGGAGUCCGUGCAACCGGUCCCCCUCCGUGUCCGAGGGUAUCGCGUUUCCAACGAGCCAGCGGGCACCCCAGAGACACCCCCCCCCGGAGCGGGCCGGACCCCAGGUGCCGAGGCCUUCCGGGGGCGCGGGGCCGUCCCGGGUCGCGGCCGCCCUCGGGGCGGGGCAGCCCCUGGCCGUGCCGCCGCCGCAGCCACCGGGCGAUCUCCAAGCGGUGAUCUCCAAGCGCCGCUCGGCUCGGCCGCGGGCCAGGAGGGGAGGGUCCGGCCUUGCCCCGCAGACGUCCAUUGGCGGCUUCCCCUGGCCUCCGCGCCAUGCCGCGGGCCGUGUGAGCCGGCGUGGGCUCGGGAGCCCGCAGGUGUCCGCGGGCGCGCCAGGCUCGGUUGGGGAGGGGGCGCUGCGCUCGUCAUGCUGCAAGGGCCCCGAGCCCUAGCUCCCGCGGCUGGGCCGCCCCUCAAGGGGCUGCCCGCGAUGAGCCCCACCGAGCUGUGGCCGACCGGCCUCAGCAGCCCCCAGCUCUGCCCGGCCACCACCACCUACUACACUACGCUGUACCCGCAGACUGUGCCUCCCGCUGCGGCGCCGCCGGGCACCUGCCUCGACGCCACCCCUCACGGACCCGAGAGCCAAGUUGUGCGAUGCGUGCCGGCUGGCCGGCUGGCGGCCAAAAGGAAGCUGGACCUGGAGGGAAUCGGGAGGCCUGCGGUCCCUGAAUUCCGGACUCCCAAGGGGAAGUGCAUUAGAGUCGAUGGCCUCCCCAGCCCCAAAACCCCCAAGUCCCCAGGCGAAAAGACUCGGUAUGACACGUCACUGGGGCUUCUCACCAAGAAGUUCAUUUACCUCCUGAGUGAGUCCGAGGAUGGGGUCCUGGACCUGAACUGGGCUGCUGAGGUGCUGGAUGUGCAGAAGCGGCGCAUCUAUGACAUCACCAACGUGCUGGAGGGCAUCCAGCUCAUCCGCAAGAAGGCCAAGAACAACAUCCAGUGGGUAGGCAGGGGAAUGUUUGAAGACCCCACCCGGCCUGGGAAGCAGCAGCAGCUGGGGCAGGAGCUGAAGGAGCUGAAGAGCAUGGAGCAGGCCUUGGACCAGCUCAUCCAGAGCUGCUCUCUGAGCUUCAAGCACCUGACCGAGGACAAGGCCAACAAGAGACUGGCCUAUGUGACUUACCAGGACAUCCGUGCUGUUGGCAACUUUAAGGAACAGACAGUGAUCGCUGUCAAGGCCCCUCCACAGACAAGACUGGAAGUGCCCGACAGGAGCGAGGAGAACCUGCAGAUAUAUCUGAAGAGCACGCAGGGGCCCAUCGAAGUCUACCUGUGCCCAGAGGAGGUGCAGGAGCCAGACAGUCCUGCCAAGGAGCCCCUCCCCUCUACCUCCACCUCCAGCCCCAGCCCUGACUCCGCUCAGCCCAGCAGCAGCACCAACCCUGGGAUCCCGGAACCCGCGGCAUCCCCAGCACCAGCGUUGACUCCCCAGCAGGUCCCACCGCCACCACCACCACCCCUUGUCCCCCUGGAGGCCACUGACAGCAUGCUGGAGCUGCCACACCCACUUCUACAGCAGACCGAGGACCAGUUCCUGUCCCCGACCCUUCCGGGCAGCUCCCCUCUGAUCAGCUUCUCUCCGUCCUUGGACCAGGACGACUAUUUGUGGGGUCUGGACGGGGGUGAGGGCAUCAGUGACCUCUUUGACUCCUAUGACUUUGGGGACCUGCUGAUUAAUUGAGUGGCUCUGCCUGUCCCCAGCAGCCCUGCACAUCUCUACCUCCUCACAGACAGACUGACAGGUCUCUGCCUGCAUGGGGACAUUGGACACGAGGUGCUGCCCUCAGGAUGUGGGGGUCUCCUCCUCUCCUUUCCUACCCCCCUGCUGGCUGAAGCAUCUGGGGGGGAUGUGGAGGAUACAGGUGAGAUGUGUAUCAGGGGUUGGGUCCUGACCUUCCUGAUGGAAGCUGGGCCUGGAAAGGCCCAUCCAGUCUUCUGACCUCUGACCCCUCUGAUGUGAAGGGCCCCAGGUGAAGUGACCAGGUCCAAGGAAAGGUCCUGGCACCGCUUUUUGAGGGGUAAUUAGGACCCUCAAUUUAUCAAGAAGCACUUAAUACCUUUGUAUUUAUUUCAGGUUGAGUUUUGUUGGUUUGUCUUCUCUGAGUUUUAGCAGGGAGAUUGUUCUAGUUUCUAGUAAGACUUCUCCUCAGACAGACCCAGCACUGUCUACUGUCCAAGGGCAGGCCUAGGCCUGGCGAGGCCAACUCGGAUUUCCCUGCAGUGAUUGGGGGCUGGGUCUCUGAGGGACCGUCUAGUUGGCUGGAAUGAUAAUUGCACUUAGGCCUCGUAGUUCUGUCAGCGUCAGCGGCCGCAGCUGCAGGCCCUCUGGCCUCUCCUCCUGCUCUCAGCCCGACAUCUCCAGCUGAGGUGCCAGCCUCGGGUUCCUGGUCUCCUCUGUCCCAGAGAUGGUUCCAGGGGGCCAUCCCAGUGCACGCAGCAUUGAGGCUCCUGAGGAAACAGGAACAGCCAGUUAAGGAGACCCCCUUCCUGUGGAAUUCCUUACCUCUCCCCUUAGAAUGUAACAAACAUCCUCCAGGGAGUCAGCAGAGAAGAGCUCCUGUGGAAGGACGGGCAGGAAUGUGGAAGCAGCUGUAAGAGCUGCCGCGGGCACCUGUCCUCCGUUUCUGCCUCUCUCAGGGGCUGUUGUACACUGACGACCUGGGAGGCAGAAGCAGCUCCACCACAGGGAGGGGUGAGAUGAAAACAAGAAACUGCCAGAAAGCACCCCCUCUGGUAACUGCCAGUAUUGUCCUCCCAUUCCCUGGAAGGAUUUUUUUUGCCACGUUUGUUGAAGGGGGUGAUUCUUUAAGGACCUCCCCUACCCUCCAGCUCUCCAGAGACCCCCAGGGACAGAGGUAACCAGGGCUUGAUGGCACGUUGCCUCCUUUUGUCACAGGAAUGCUGAAGGGGUGACAGGGAGGGGUCUUCAUUGCAGACCAGAACUUGGCAGCUAAUGGGGAGAUGGGUUCAUGUUACCCCUUCAGGCUUGGGGUCCUGAGAAGGUCUUUGGGCCUCACCCCAUCCUCCAGAGGCUUGACCAUCCCCCAUUGUCCCUGUAGCCCAGCUGGGUGUGCGGGGGUCAGCUCUCCUCACCCGCCCAAACUGGGGUGGGGGUGCUCUGGGCUGAACCAAGGCUGUGCCUUCUGGACAGAGGCCGCCAGGGUGGUGGUCUCAGAGGCCCACCACCCACCCUCAGGGAGCUAGGUUUCCUCAGGGGCUCAGCUGGGCAGCACUUUUUUUUUUUUAAGUUUGUAGCAUUAAGUUGAUUGAAAAUAUGAAGUUGGCCUCAUAGGAUGCUCCUGAGUUGACCAACUGGCAGCUAAGGUUUGAGAGGUGGGCUUCUUUGGGGGAGGGGUCCCAUGUGAGCUAAUGCCCAGCUGGGGACAGUGGUGCCUUGAUAUUUGCUCAACUAGCUGGGCCCCCAAAUUAGCACCCUUUCAGGUAUGGUCAGCAUGUCACAGAUGCCCUACUCUAUAGACAGGGCUAAUUUUGUAUGAUUUACGGAAAUGCCUUUCAUCUCCCUUUCCCAAAUACUCACAAGGGUCUUAUCAGAAGCCUGUUUUGAAGCCCAACAUGCCCAGGGCCAAGGGACCACCUUGGCCCUUGGGCGGGGCAGGAGGUGCUGCAUGGGGUCUGGUUUGGGGCAUGUGGGGAUGGCAUUGCUAUUCUGAGGUCUCCACUCGGCUGCCAUUUAGUGAUGCACCAUCUCUGAGGACAGAGAUGUUUGACUUCCAUUCCUUGGGCUGCCUAGAGCUUUCCCCUGGAAAAGAGAGAAGAGGAGAGGCCUGCAGGACCCACCGGGAAUGAGUUUAAUGGUGAAAUCUGGCCAGAAUUCAAGCUCAUUCCCCAAAUGCCCAGCCAUAGGGCUGGACAGAGGGGCUGCCCCUUGGGCCCAUGGCCUGUAUCCUGAGCAGCUGCCCUGCCCCCUCAUACACUGUCCUCUCCACACCCUGCCUGGCCUGGGAGCUAAACCACCCAGGCCAAGCCUCAGGCUUGGGGUGGGAAACAAGCUCGUACCUCUUUCUUGCCAGUGACACUUGAAACCUCCCAUGUUCCAAGUGCUUUAAGAAUGCGUUUUGAGUGGUAUUUCCUUUGGGGGGCAGAGAAACUUUAAAACUAGGGCAGAAGAAAAGCCAGUUUUUUCUGAGGUAUGUUAUUUCUGCUAGGAAAUUUCCCAGUCCCACCAGCGGCCCCCAAGUGACCUGUGUUCCCAGGGGCAUCCAAGGCUCAGGGUCUCCAGGGAACCCAAUAGCAUUAAAUUGUUCAGUAGAGUUGGAGAUUUGGAGAUGUCUUAAAACCAGGGACAUGCUCCCGUGUCCCCUCCCGUUAAAAGUGUUAGCUAGACCAGAGUGGUGUCCCUUCUUCACGGCAAGGCUGUGGUCUGACUAGCGUGGCUGUAGGGAAGAAGAGGGAGGUGGGGAAGCUCGUAUAACUGGCUCUAGGAUGGUUUUGACUUAUUUUCCUCUCCCCAAGUGUUCUCAGCUUCAGUUCUGCACAGAGUUUAGAGUUUGUAGUGAAAGAGUUUGGGUGUUUCUGCAUCCGAGCAUUGUGUGGCUUCGUGCAUUUGAAGUGAAAGCUUUUGGGGUUGUUUGCAAGCAGUUUUCUCGUUCUCAUCAUUGUGUCCUGUGGUCCCCAACUCAUCCUGGGACCCUGUUCUCCCACGAGGACCCUCAGUGACCAGAAGCCUGGCCAGCCUACUGGCUCCUGGGUAAGUGAAGAAGCCUUGUAGGUGGCACACGUCUCAAGGGUGAGUGGGCCCUGUGCUGGGACUGUACGGGUCACUUACCUCUGGCCUGGUUUCGCCCUGGGUCCUGCCUUGAUGAGCACCAUGUAAACCUCCUCGUGUUGUGAUAAUCGGGCAUUAAACUGCAACU